AUGAAAGCCGUCGCUGCAUUCGUCGCCGUCUCUGCGGCUCUGUCCGCUUCUGCGUCAGCAACUCCAGCAAAGAGGCAGUCUUCCAAGACCCCUGCUGUUGAGGUCCGAGGCAAUGCGUUCUUUGCCGGCGGAAAGCGCUUCUAUAUUCGAGGAGUUGAUUACCAGCCAGGAGCUGCUUCGGCUCAGGAGGACCCGCUCGCCAACCCCGAGACAUGCAAGCGCGACAUUGCGAAAUUCACGGACUUGGGCAUCAACACCAUCCGCGUAUACACCGUUGACAACACCAAGAACCACGAUGAGUGCAUGAGAGCAUUGGCUGACGCGGGCAUCUACCUGGCACUGGACGUCAACUCUCCGAACUACUCCAUCAACCGCGCGGACCCCCACCCCUCGUACAACGAUGUCUACCUGCAAAGUGUUUUCGCCACUGUCGAUGCUUUUGCGAACUACGAGAACCUUCUUCUUCUCUACUCGGCCAACGAAGUUAUCAACGACGAGAAGACACCUGUGUGUGCUCCUUACGUCAAGGCUGUCACUCGUGAUAUCAGACAAUACAUCCGCAACCGCGGCUACCGCAGUAUCCCUGUUGGUUACUCCGCUGCUGAUGUUGACGCCAACCGCUAUGAGAUGGCCACUUACAUGAACUGCGGCACCGACGACGAGCGAAGCGACUUCUUCGCUUUCAACGACUACUCCUGGUGCAAUCCAUCCUCUUACACAACCUCUGGCUGGAGCAAGAAGGUUGAGCAAUACGGCAACUACAGCAUCCCUCUUUUCCUCUCCGAAUACGGAUGUAUCAAAACCGAUCGCACCUGGGACGAGGUCAAUGCCCUUUACAGUGACGACAUGACUCCUGUUUACUCCGGCGGUCUGGUUUACGAGUACACCGAGGAGGAGGCUGGCUACGGCAUUGUCCAGGUCAACUCCGAUGGCACUGUCGAGGAGCUUGACGACUACCAGCCUCUCAAGGAGAAGUUCGCUGAAGUGCCGGUUCCCUCCGGUGACGGCGGGUACAAGCCGAACGGUGGCGCCUCCGAAUGCCCUGCUGCAUCCGCCAACUGGGACAUCUCACCAUACACGGAUAACAGACUCCCUGCUAUCCCCGAGGGUGCCAAGAAGUACAUGACUAAUGGCGCUGGUACCGGUCCUGGUCUCCAGGGAGGUUCCCAGAACGCUGGCACACCAAGCGAAAGCACUGCGACGGCUGGUUCUGGUCAGGCCACUACCACCGCGAGCACGGGCGCCGGUGCAUCUCUCCGCGUGCCAGAUUUCAAUGCCGCGCCGCUUGUUUGCGGGCUGGUUGCGCUCGUGUCCGCUGCUUUCGGUGCUUCUCUCUUGUAG